AUGGUUCGCUUCAGUUCAAUCCUUGCGGCUGCGGCAUGCUUUGUAGCUGCCGAGUCCGUCACAAUCAAGGUUGAUAGCAAGGGUGGCAAUGCUACCAGCGGUCACCAAUAUGGCUUCCUCCACGAGGACAUCAACAACUCUGGUGAUGGUGGUAUCUACGCCGAGCUCAUCCGCAACAGAGCUUUCCAGUACAGCAAGAAAUACCCCGUCUCGUUGUCCGGCUGGAGGUCAGUCAACGACGCCACCCUGGCCCUCAACCGCCUUGACGACCCUCUCUCCAAGGCUCUCCCAGUCUCCAUGAAGGUGACGACUGGAAAGAGCAAGUCAAAGGAGGUUGGCUUUCAAAACGAAGGUUACUGGGGAAUGGACGUGAAGAAGCAGAAGUACACCGGAUCUUUCUGGGUCAAGGGUUCCUACAAGGGCGACUUCACUGCCUCUUUGAGGUCCAACUCCACCAACGACGUCUUUGGCAGCGUCAAGGUCAAGUCCAAGGCUACAAAGAAGGAGUGGGUUGAGCACGCGUUUACGCUCACUCCCAAGAUCAAUGCUCCCAACAGCAACAACACCUUUGCUAUUACCUACGACCCCAAGGGCGCCGACGGAGCUCUGGACUUCAACCUCAUUAGCUUGUUCCCUCCUACCUACAAGGGACGCAAGAACGGCCUUCGAGUCGACCUUGCCGAGGCUCUCGAGGGCAUGCACCCUAGCCUGCUGCGCUUCCCCGGUGGUAACAUGCUCGAGGGCAACACCAACAAGACCUGGUGGGACUGGAAGGAUACUCUUGGUCCUCUGCGAAACCGUCCGGGCUUUGAGGGCGUCUGGAACUACCAGCAGACCCAUGGCCUUGGAAUCUUGGAGUAUCUUCAGUGGGCUGAGGAUAUGAACCUCGAGAUUAUUGUUGGUGUUUACGCUGGUCUCUCGCUCAACGGCGAUGUCACCGCCAAGGAAGACCUCCAGCCUCUUAUCGACGAUGCUCUUGACGAGAUCGAGUUCAUUCGAGGUCCUAUCACCUCCAAGUGGGGUAAGCGACGUGCCGAGCUUGGCCACCCCAAGCCUUUCCGCCUCUCCUACGUCGAGAUUGGAAACGAAGAUUGGCUGGCCGGAUACCCCGGCGGCUGGAACUCUUACAAGGAGUACCGCUUCCCCAUGUUCCUCGAGGCCAUCAACAAAGCCCACCCUGACCUUACAGUUAUCUCCUCCAGUGCAUCCAUCGAUCCUGUUGCUGACAAGGAAAAUGGUGGAUUCGAUAUUCCUGCUCCUGGUAUCGGUGAUUACCACCCUUACAGAGAGCCUGAUAAGCUGGUUGAGGAGUUUAACCUAUUCGAUAACAACAAAUACGGCCACAUCAUCGGAGAGGUUGCCUCUACUCACCCCAACGGUGGAACUGCCUGGGAAGGUGACCUCAUGCCCUACCCUUGGUGGAUCUCUGGUGUCGGUGAGGCCGUCGCCCUCGUCGGCUACGAGCGCAACGCCGACCGCAUCCCCGGAACUUUCUACGCUCCUAUCUUCAAGAACGAGAACCGCUGGCAGUGGGCCAUCACCAUGAUCCAGUACGCCGCCGACUCAGCCAUGACCACCCGUUCCACCAGCUGGUACGUCUGGUCUCUCUUCGCCGGCCACCCCAUGACACACACCCUCCCCGCCUCGGCCGACUUCGACCCCCUGUUCUACGUCGCCGGAAAGAACGAGGACAAGGGAACCCUCAUCUGGAAGGGUGCUGCGUACAACACCACAAAGGGCGCUGACGUGCCUGUCUCGCUGUCCUUCGAGGGAAUCAAGGCCGGGGCUCAGGCCGAGCUGACUCUUCUGACUAACAAGGAGAAGGAUCCCUUUGCUUUCAACGACCCUCACAAGGGUAACAAUGUUGUUGACAGCAAGAAGACUGUUCUCAAGGCUGAUAGCAAGGGUGCUUUCAACUUCAAGCUUCCUAACCUUAGUGUUGCUGUUCUUGAGACUUUGAAGAAGAGCAAGCCUUACUCUGGUUGA